CCUCAAGAGAUUGGUAGGACAUUCAAAUAUGUUUGCCGUCAGCCAGCUUUAACCGUGUGUAGCAUGGAUUCACCCUGGGAGGAAGACCCACAAACAGAUCAUGCCACUGAAGCAGACUGGACAAAACUCUCUAAUGAGUUCACAAAUUCUGGAUAUCGAGAAGGAAUAAUCGCAGGCAAGGAAUCCGCACUCCAAGACGGUUUCGACGCGGGUUUCGCUCGCGUAGGAGUUCCGAUAGGUCGUGAAUUGGGAUCUAUGCGUGGCGCAAUCUCUGCGAUCGCAUCAUUCUUGAGCUCAAAAAGCCAAGAAGAAUCAACACCUCUCACAACCGCACGCGAAAUAUCAUCUUCCCUCGCAGGCGUUCGCUUUUCUGAUAUUGCUCCUGUCGAUCACGAAGCAGAGCAGCAUGCUAGAGAACAUCUUGAUGCAGAUAAUGAUGAUCCAAUCGGACAGAGUGAGGAACUUCUGCAGAAGAAACAGAUGGAGGGUUUAGAAGAUAUGCUGCAAAGGCUCACUGCUGGCGCUACGAGUAUAUCAUCGCAUGAUAGGCCAACUAGAGAGGAUGUGAUCCGCUUAAAGGAAGGUGUUCUUGCGCUGAGUGACCAGCUGGGCUUGGACAUCAUAUUACCCUAGCUUAGGGUUAGGGUUACAUCCCAUUGUGACACGUACUACAGGUAUAACACGCGUUAAGUAGUAC